AUUAAAACAAAAAGUUUCCCCCCCAAAAAAGAAGAAAAAAACGAAAAAGACGUAAAUUACGAGCAGAUCGAAAUACUUUUUCUUCUUCAACACACCUGCUCAUUUUUACUGAGCAUUUCCUCUCCGUUCUUUCCCACUCUCACUCUCCAUUACCCAGUCGACUCCCAGAAGAAGAAGACUGUGAAACAAAGAAGAAUCACAGGGACCCCAUCGCCUCACUCCAUGGCUCCUUCGCGAUCAACAGACCACUACCAUUCUCCAUUCAGGCACCCCACCUACACCGGCGGCGGAGGCAAAGCCCUCUCUUCCUGCGCCCUCGCCGCCUGUUUCCUCGUCCUCGUCACCACCUCCCUCGCAAUCACCUUCUUCUUCCUCUUCCGUCCCCGCUCCCCAACGAUCCACGUCUCCGCCAUCCAGAUCCCCAGUUUCUCCUUCCGCAACGGCACCGUUAGCUUCACCUUCGCACAAUACGCCGUCGUUCGAAACCCUAACCGCGCCGCCUUCUCCCAUUACGACAGCUCUCUCCAGCUAAUCUACGCCGGAAAACAGCUCGGAUUCAUCUACAUCCCAGCCGGUGAGAUCGACGGCGGCCGGACCAAGAACAUGGGGGUAAAAUUCUCCGUCGAGUCUUUCGACAUUUCCGCCGCACCGCUGAAAUCGGGGACCAUGGAGGUGGAGUCGAGGAUGAAAGUGAAAGGUAGGGUUAGUGUUUUGAAAUUUUUUACGCAUCACGUCGAGGCGGCUGCCGGGUGCUCGGUGGGGGUAUCGGCGGGCGAUGGAUCGGUGAUCGGUCUCAGGUGUUGAUUUGGGAUUCUGAUUCGGGAACGGUGGAGAGGACGAGAUUUCCAAUCACUUUUUUAUGGUUUUGUGUGGAGGGUUAGGAGAUUGAUUCUUCAACGCCACGCUACUGUGAAAGGUGAAGCUUUUCGACUUCCUUUCAUAAGAAAAG